UAGUGGCGAGGGAAGGUAGGGGGAGAGGAGAGUGGAACAAGAGGAAACGGAGUUAUUUUGACUGCAUUUUUUCCUUGCCUGAUUAAAUCUUAGUGACAUUUGAACUUUGUGUUACUAAGAGAACACAGCCCUGGAUGUGGGGCCUGGGACCAGAAGGGCGAAGGCGGGGCUGGAGCUGGCAUGGCUGCGGGGCCCCUUGGCUCCGAGGACCUGCUGUGUAGCUGGGACCGGCUGAUGUGGGAGCUGACUUUCCGGGCGCUGAGGACAUGCCGAGGGGGGAACCUUCGGGUCCUGCAGCUGAUGUUGAGACCAUGGUGCUUCUCCAGGGCUGUCUACCAGAUGACGGAGGGCCGUCGAUGUCAAGUACAUCUUCUUGAUGACAGGAAGCUGGAACUCCUAGUACAGCCUAAGCUUUUGGCCAAGGAGCUGCUUGACCUCGUGGCAUCUCACUUCAACCUGAAGGAAAAGGAAUACUUUGGAAUCGCCUUCACAGAUGAGACGGGACACUUAAACUGGCUUCAGCUAGAUCGAAGAGUACUGGAGCAUGACUUCCCCAAAAAGUCAGGACCGGUGGUUUUAUACUUUUGUGUCAGGUUCUAUAUAGAAAGCAUUUCAUACCUGAAGGAUAAUGCCACCAUCGAGCUCUUCUUUCUGAAUGCCAAGUCCUGUAUCUACAAGGAGUUGAUUGAUGUGGACAGUGAAGUGGUGUUCGAAUUAGCCUCCUAUAUCUUACAGGAGGCAAAGGGAGAUUUUUCUAGCAAUGAAGUGGUGAGGAGCGACUUGAAGAAGCUGCCAGCACUUCCCACCCAAGCACUGAAGGAGCAUCCGUCUCUAGCCUACUGUGAGGACCGAGUGAUUGAGCACUACAAGAAACUGAACGGCCAGACGAGAGGUCAAGCAAUCGUCAACUACAUGAGCAUCGUAGAGUCUCUCCCAACCUACGGGGUCCACUAUUACGCCGUGAAGGACAAGCAGGGAAUACCAUGGUGGCUGGGACUGAGCUACAAAGGAAUCUUCCAGUAUGACUACCACGAUAAAGUGAAGCCGAGGAAGAUCUUCCAGUGGAGACAGUUGGAAAACCUGUAUUUCAGAGAAAAGAAGUUUUCCGUGGAAGUUCAUGACCCACGCAGGGCUUCAGUGACAAGGAGGACGUUUGGACACAGUGGCAUCGCAGUGCAUACGUGGUACGCGUGUCCAGCAUUAAUCAAGUCCAUCUGGGCUAUGGCCAUUAGCCAACACCAGUUCUAUCUGGACAGAAAGCAGAGUAAGUCUAAAAUCCAUGCCGCACGGAGUCUGAGCGAGAUCGCCAUCGACCUGACGGAGACUGGAACGCUGAAGACCUCCAAGCUGGCCAACAUGGGAAGCAAGGGCAAGAUCAUCAGCGGCAGCAGUGGGAGCCUCCUGUCAUCAGGUUCUCAGGAAUCAGAUAGCUCUCAGUCUGCCAAGAAAGACAUGCUGGCCGCCUUGAAAUCCAGGCAGGAAGCUCUGGAGGAAACGCUACGCCAGCGGCUGGAGGAGCUGAAGAAACUCUGCCUCCGGGAAGCUGAGCUGACGGGUAAACUGCCUGUGGAAUACCCCCUGGAUCCAGGGGAGGAACCACCCAUUGUUCGAAGAAGAAUCGGGACGGCCUUCAAGCUGGAUGAGCAGAAAGUCCUGCCCAAAGGAGAGGAGGCCGAGCUGGAACGCCUGGAACGGGAGUUUGCCAUUCAGUCCCAGAUAACGGAGGCUGCCCGCCGCCUAGCCAGUGACCCCAAUGUCAGCAAAAAACUGAAGAAACAAAGGAAAACCUCUUAUCUGAACGCACUGAAGAAGCUGCAGGAGAUUGAAAAUGCAAUCAACGAGAACCGGGUCAAGUCUGGGAAGAAGCCCACCCAGAGGGCUUCGCUGAUCAUUGACGAUGGAAAUAUUGCCAGUGAAGACAGUUCCCUCUCAGAUGCCCUUGUUCUAGAGGAUGAAGACUCUCAGGUCACCAGCACACUGUCCCCCUUACAGUCCCCUCACAAGGGACUCCCUCCUCGGCCACCAUCGCACAACAGGCCCCCUCCUCCCCAGUCCCUGGAGGGACUCCGGCAGAUGCACUAUCACCGCAACGACUAUGACAAGUCCCCCAUAAAGCCCAAAAUGUGGAGUGAGUCCUCCUUAGAUGAGCCUUACGAGAAGGUCAAGAAACGUUCCUCCCACGGUCAUUCCAGUGGCCACAAGCGUUUCCCCAGCACGGGGAGCUGCGCCGAAGCAGGCGGGGGAAGCAGCUCCCUGCAGAACAGCCCCAUCCGCAGCCUGCCUCACUGGAACUCACAGUCCAGCAUGCCGUCCACGCCAGACCUGCGGGUCCGGAGUCCCCACUACGUUCAUUCCACGAGGUCAGUGGACCUCAGCCCCACGCGACUGCACAGCCUCGCCCUGCACUUUCGGCACCGGAGCUCCAGCCUGGAGUCCCAGGGCAAGCUCCUGGGCUCGGAGAACGACACGGGGAGCCCCGACUUCUACACCCCACGGACUCGUAGCAGCAACGGCUCCGACCCCAUGGACGACUGUUCCUCCUGCACCAGCCACUCGAGCUCGGAGCACUACUACCCGGCGCAGAUGAACGCCAACUACUCCACGCUGGCCGAGGACUCGCCGUCGAAGGCGCGCGCGCGGCAGCGGCAGCGACAGCGCGCGGCGGGCGCGCUGGGCGCGGCGAACUCGGGCAGCAUGCCCAACCUGGCGGCGCGCGGCGGCGGCGCGCACGGCGUCUACCUGCACAGCCAGAGCCAGCCGAGCUCGCAGUACCGCAUCAAGGAGUACCCGCUGUACAUCGAGGGCAGCGCCACGCCCGUGGUGGUGCGCAGCCUGGAGAGCGACCAGGAGGGCCACUACAGCGUCAAGGCGCAGUUCAAGACCUCCAACUCGUACACGGCGGGCGGCCUGUUCAGGGAGAGCUGGCGCGGCGGCGACGAGGGCGACGCGGGCCGCCUGACGCCGUCGCGCUCGCAGAUCCUGCGGACUCCAUCUCUGGGCCGCGAGGGCGCCCACGACAAGGGCGCGGGGCGCGCGGCCGUCUCGGACGAGCUGCGCCAGUGGUAUCAGCGCUCCACAGCCUCCCACAAGGAGCGCAGCCGCCUGUCGCACACCAGCUCCACCUCCUCGGACAGCGGCUCCCAGUACAGCACCUCCUCCCAGAGCACCUUCGUGGCGCACAGCAGGGUCACCAGGAUGCCCCAGAUGUGCAAGGCCACGUCAGCUGCCUUACCUCAAAGCCAGAGAAGCUCAACGCCAUCGAGUGAAGUUGGAGCGACCCCCCCAAGCAGUCCCCACCACAUCCUAACCUGGCAGACUGGGAGCUACAGUGACAGCUGUUUCCUGGAUUCCUCCCUCUAUCCAGAACUAGCUGACGUCCAGUGGUACGGGCAGGAAAAAGCCAAGCCCGGGACCCUUGUGUGAGCCAGCCGGCCUCAAUCUGACCGACUCAACGCCAUUCUGAGAUCACCUCACUGCCUCUCAUUUGCCUUACCCAGACGCACUGUCACCCUGCACCAGCUUCGGCCCUCAGCACUUUUUUUCUCCCGUCUCCGUAUCCCCUCACCCUCAAAAACCUGACUGAGGAGACAUUCUGGAAGGUUCCGGUCCCACUGUGUGGCCCCUGGCUCUCCUGUCCACAGAGAGCCAGGCACCAAUCCUCACUGGCACCUUGGUGGCUUCUCCCUGCCAUGACAGCCCCCAGGCCAGGAACUGUCAGGGAAGCUGGCUGGCAUCAAAUUCCUGUGGACAAAUGGCAUUGGUAGAGACCAGGAAAGGGGACUUAAGUACAGGGUGAUCCAGAAAGACUAUUAAGCUGUGGCCAACCUGUCACCUGUAGGCCAACCAAGCACUUCGUGAAGAGGAUGCCUCCUGGGAAUAUUCAGUUGACCGCUGAAAUAUUCCCUGGGGGGAGUGGCUGUUGGGGGAGGGGGAAUGAAAAAAGAGGCUUAACACGUCAGAGAUGCAUCAGAGGAUCACAAUCAGUUGUAUGCUGCCAAAGAUUUAAAAAAUUAAAAAACAAAAACACAAAAAAAUAAGAGGGGCCAAGAGGAAGACAUUCCUUCUGCAAUGAAAUCUCUUUCAAAUUCUAAACUGCUACUACACGCCACACGUGAAAGUCAACCAUUUGUAAACUGUUCCCCCUCUUUAUCCCUCUCCCUUAACCUUCCACCUUCUCUCUCGGUCGAGAGCCUGAAAAACUAACCCAACGUGAUGGUAAAGGCGGGGAGUCUUGGCUGGCAUUGCUGACGUGGAUCCCAUGAGUCUGGACACGAAGGAGGACAGACCUGGGGGUGGGUAGCAGAGUGUACUCUUAGCCCUGGUCUAAGCCCAAGACACAAAGCUGCUUUCCUUUGGGGGGUUUGUAGGAAACGUAAGGUGAUGAUUGCCAAAAGUGGUUCUCUGUCAUUAAAACAACCAGUAAAAGUGUAUCCUAUUUUUUUGCACAA